GAAUAGUAGUGUGACAACUCCUGAAAAUGGUAAAUUCAAAUCCUACCUCGCCUCAGCUGUCGCCCGUCGAUGAGCAGGAAAAGUUAUUGGACACGGCUCUUGGAGUCGUCAAAGUCCAGGCAUUGGAGAUGAAGCGGUGUCUGGACAGGAGCAAACUCAUGGACGGCCUCAAACAUGCGUCCACGAUGUUGGGCGAACUCCGAACUUCGCUUCUCUCGCCUAAAAGCUACUACGAGCUUUAUAUGGCCACGACUGAUGAGCUGCGAUAUUUGGAACAAUACCUUCUGGAUGAAUUUCAAAGAGGCCGUAAAGUGACAGAUUUAUACGAGCUCGUUCAAUACGCCGGCAACAUUGUGCCCAGGCUAUAUCUUCUGAUAACAGUUGGCUUGGUGUACAUAAAAACAAACGACUCGAUCAAGAAGAAUCUGCUGAAGGACAUGGUUGAGAUGUGCCGUGGCGUGCAACACCCGCUGCGUGGUCUCUUCCUUCGAAACUACCUCUUGCAGUGCACCAGGAACAUCUUGCCAGACACCGUCGAGGCUGAGGACGAGAACGAGGGCACGGUCAAGGACUCGAUCGAGUUUGUCCAGUCGAAUUUCGCCGAGAUGAACAAACUGUGGGUGCGAAUGCAGCACCAGGGACAUUCCAGGGAGAAGGAAAAGCGCGAGAGGGAACGAGAGGAAUUACGUUUGCUGGUCGGAACUAAUUUAGUCCGCCUCUCGCAACUCGAGUCCAUCAAUGUUGAGCGGUAUAAGAGGCUCGUACUGCCCGGAAUUUUGGAGCAGGUUGUCAGCUGCCGAGACGCUAUUGCGCAGGAGUAUUUGAUGGAGUGCAUCAUUCAGGUGUUCCCAGACGACUUUCACCUACAAACGCUGCAUUCAUUUUUGAAAGCCUGCGCCGAACUUCAGCCAGGAGUGAACGUCAAAAACAUUAUUAUCGCCCUGAUUGACAGGCUAGCUUUGUACUCGCAAAGGGCGGACGGUGGCAUUCCCGCGGAGAUUCGUCUCUUUGAUGUUUUCUCUGAGCAAAUCGCCCAAGUCAUAGAGGCUCGGCAAGACAUUCCAACAGAGGACAUCGUCGCAUUGCAGGUUUCUCUAAUAAAUCUGUCGCUGAAAUGCUACCCUGACAGGGUAGACUAUGUGGACAAAGUGCUCGAAACCACAGUGGACAUUUUCAAGAAGAUGGAGCUCCAAAGGGUGCAGUACAACAGCGCCGUGUCAAGAGAGCUAUCUAAAUUGAUGAAGAUUCCGAUCGACAACUACAACAACAUCAUGACUGUGGUGCAACUGGACCACUUUGCCCCUCUGAUUGAGUAUUUUGACUUUUACGGAAGGAAAGAUCUGUCGGCGUAUCUGGUCACAAACGCUCUUGAAAACGAGACCCUCAUUCCAACGCAAGAGCAAACAGACACUCUGCUCACGAUGAUUGAUUCGAUGAUUCAGGACCAGUCUGAUCAGCCAGCGUCUGAAGAGGACCCAGAUGAUUUUGCUGAAGAGCAAGGCCUGCUUGGAAGAUUUAUUCAUCACUUGAAAUCCAACGUCCCUGAUCAGCAGUAUCUGAUCCUGACCGCCGCCAGAAACCACUUUUCGCUUGGGGGUGCCAAGAGGAUAAAAUACACGCUGCCACCUCUCGUGUUUCAAGCAUACCAGCUCGCCUACCAGUACAACACUCUGAGAGAAGAGGAUCCUAAAUGGGACAAAAAGUGUCAGAAGAUCUUUCAAUUUUGCCACCAAACAAUAAACGCACUGACCAAGGCCGAGCUGGCUGAGCUUCCGCUGCGGCUUUUCCUGCAGGGUGCCGUCGCCGCUGGCUGCAUCGAGUUUGAGAACCAUGAGACGGUGGCCUACGAGUUUAUGUCUCAGGCGUUUUCUCUCUACGAGGACGAAAUCUCUGACAGCAAGGCGCAGCUAUGCGCAAUCACGCUGAUAAUCGCGACGAUCGAGCAGAUGUCCUGUUUCGAGGAGGAAAACCACGCGCCGCUGCGGACGCAGUGCGCGCUGGCUGCGUCGAAACUGCUGAAGAAGCCGGACCAGUGUCGCGGCGUGAGCGUGUGCUCGCACCUCUUCUGGUCAGGCAAGUCGCGCGCGAGCAACGGCGAGCCGCUGCGUGACGGCAAGAAGGUGGUCGAGUGCCUGAACAAAGGCUCUCGCAUCACGAACCAGUGCAUGGAGCUGAGCGUCAAGGUGCAGCUGUUUGUCGAGCUGCUCAACUACUACGUUUACUUCUUCGAGAAGGGCAACGAGCAGGUGAGCGUGCAGACCCUCAACCAGCUGGUCGCCAAGAUCAAAGAGGAGCUGCCCAACUUGGAGGCUAGCGAGGAGACGGAGCAAAUUAACAAGCACUUCACCAACACGCUCGCGCACCUCAGAGCCAGAAUGAGUGCGCCGGACGUGAACACGGUUAACUUUGAGGGCCUAGUUAUUUGAAUUAGUCGACCAAUGUCUCAUUUUCAGGCUACGUGAAUUAACAUUACAUUAUUCUACUGUGAAAUAAAUUAUGAUUUAGGUUAGGUAAAUUCAAAAAAUAUAUAAAUAAAAUACUGCAAUGGUUUUAUAUGAUUUUUAGGUGCUUUCUUUCGAGUAGAUCGUCGAAAUUCUCAAAAAGCAUCUAAAUUUGUGUCUGAAUUAUUCGGUAUUUAAAAAUAAAUUGUUGAAUAACCUGGAAAACAAAUAAUUUAUGACUGCGCUCUGAUGAAUCUUGAAGACUAACGCCCUUGCAAUGUAAACUGUCUGUUAUGCUAAUUAUAAGGUGCCUCCUGGCCCAACAUUAUGCUGUGUUUGUAUAAUUUUUCCAUAUAUAUCAUGUUGUAGGAGUUAUUAAAAGGAAAAUAAGAAUUUAA